AUGUCUCUCGAGAACAAGUCUAUACCUUACGUACGCCUGGGAAAGUCCGGUCUGAAAGUAUCGAAGAUCAUCCUGGGAUGCAUGUCGUACGGCAGCAAGGGCUGGAGCGAGUGGGUCAUCGACGACCAGGAAGAGGUCACCAAGCACAUCAAAUACGCAUAUGAUCACGGCAUCCAGACAUUCGAUACAGCAAAUGUGUACUCGAACGGUCUCUCCGAGGUCAUGCUAGGCAAGGCUAUCAGGGAACUCAAGCUUCCCCGCGAGGAGCUCGUCAUCCUCACGAAGGUUUACUUUCCGCUAGCACCGAAGUAUGACAUGAACAUCUUCGGCAAGAACACCGAGGACUAUGGUGUAAUAAAUCAGAAGGGCCUCAAUCGUAAGCAUAUCUUCGACUCUGUGAGGAAGAGCCUCGAACGCCUGCAAGCCGACUACAUUGACGUCCUCCAGUGUCAUCGGUUCGACUACGACACGCCGAUCGAAGAGACGAUGCAAGCCCUUCAUGACGUCGUGCAAGCUGGCUACGUGCGAUAUAUCGGCAUGAGCUCCCUACUGACGAGGAUAAUGUUCACAGUCCACGCGAUGCAGAACUACGCCAUACAGAACAAGCUCACGCCAUUUGUUUCCAUGCAGAACCACCACAGCCUCGUCUACCGCGAGGAAGAACGCGAGAUGUUUCCUACACUCAAGAUGUUCGGCGUCGGCGCGAUCCCGUGGUCGCCCCUUGGCCGCGGCAUCCUCACUCGCCCGCUCUCCGCGCAGACGAAGCGCGGAGAGACUGACACCUUCACAGGAGCGUACAAGACGUGGGCGGGCACCAGUGACAUCGUCACUCGGGUGGAGGAGCUCGCGGGCAAGAAGGGGGUGAGCAUGGCCCAGGUUGCGAUUGCGUGGAGCUUGGCGAAGGACGGUGUGACAGCGCCGAUCGUCGGCACGACGAGCCUGAAGAACCUCGAGGACAUUAUCGGCGCGAUUAGCGUGGAGUUGACUCCGGAUGAGAUCAAGUAUCUCGAGGAACCGUACAAGCCGUUGGCAGUGUAUGGACAUGUCUGA